AUCUCUCCUCUCCCUCCCUCCCGCUCUCUCUCUCUCUCUCUCUCUCUCUCUCUCUCUCUCUCUCUCUCUCUCUCUCUCUCUCUCUCUCUCUCAGUCGCUCCAUCUCUCUCCAAACUUUUGGACACUUUUACGCGCGGCCGCUGCGCACUUUGGAUUUUGUUUCUCCGGACUCUGAAAACCUGGUCGAGUCUGAUCCGGACUGGUUUCUGAGAUCCUGUGCGGGGGGAGAAUGAUCCUGCAGGGGGACCAGCUGCCGCUGCAGUGAAAACAUGGAGUCCUGUACAGGUGGAGGAGGAGGAGGAGGAGGAAGGUGGAGGCUGCGUCAUGUCGUCCCAGUCAUCCUGCUGUGGAUGAGUCUGCACCGGCACGCGCUGGGCUGCAGCUACAUCAACUGUAACAUGGUGCUGACGGAGGCCCAGGGGGAAUUGAAGUCGCCCUGCUACCCACAGAAAUACCCCAAUUCGCAGACCUGUCGGUGGACCCUGCAGGCCCCCGCCGGCUUCAUCAUCCAGCUCUCCUUCCUUGAUUUCGACCUGGAGGAGGCGCCGGGAUGCAUCUACGACCGGGUGGUGGUGAACACGGGAAACACGGACGUUAAGUUCUGCGGCCUGACGGCCAACGGGCUGACGCUGAACUCGACGGGGAACGUGAUGGAGCUGUUCUUCACCUCCGACUUCAGCGUGCAGAAGAGGGGGUUCAGUGUUAGCUUCCUACACGUUGCCGUGGCCCUCAGGAACCAGAAGGUCACCAUAUCCAGCAGCACCGGCCAGGUCACCGAGGCCUCCGGCUCUGUUUCCAUACCGACGCUCAGUCAGCUGACGCUGUGCUUCGAGCUGGAGCGAAUCAGCAUGAAUGAGAAAGGAUGGAUCUUCACCUACUAUGACACGAGCAACAACGUGGCGUUGAGUUUUGGCUCAGAUCAGAGUGGCGUUAAGAUGAUCAUCGACGGCGUGGUCUGCUCGAUCGACUCCAUCAUCCCGUCCUCCUCCUUCACCUCCUCCAUGAAGCCUUACUGCGUCCUCUGGGAUUCAUCAAACGGCCGGGUGGCGGUUUACUUCAACGGAAACUACUGGGCCAAAGCCUGCUCCUCCUCCAGCGGGCACUCUGUGCCAGCUGGAGGUCUGUUCCGGUUAGGAGGGCAGAACAGCUUCGACGGGAACAUCUAUAACCUGCGGCUGUGGGAUUACGCCAUGACGGUGCAGGACCUCAACAGCUUGAGCUGCGACAGGAAGGGGAACGUCAUCGACUGGGACAACAGCCACUGGAGCAUCCCGUCCACGCUGGCCCAGACGGACGCCACGCUCAGCUGCAUCUGCUACCCUCACUGCAUUCACUUAACUGCUGCUGCGCCAACUAGUGGUGUCUCCCCACCCAGCAACUCACCACUCCCCACCAGCUGUGACUCCCCUCGACUGGGCUGCCCAGCUGUUUCCUCUCCUGCCACUUCAUCCACUGACUCCACUAACACCACCCAUGCUACUAAUGCCAACAUCCACGUUUUGCCUGCCACUACCAUCAUCAUCACCACCAGCGCUGCUACGCCUGCAUCUCCUGCAUCUCCUGCAUCUCCUGCAUCUCCUGCAUCUCCUGCCACUAACGUUGCUUCAUCCAGCAGCACAGCACAGGCCCGACAGACAACCAGCAGCACAUCAGCUGUUUCACCUGCUUCCACUAACCAGCUCGCUAUUAACCCCACAACACAUGAGAGGUCGUUCUACCGGAUUUCUUUUGUGGUGGAUGACGCGGGCGCGACGCUGGCCCCGGCUGAUGUGGAGCGAGCCGUGGAUCUCUGGCUAAAUCAAACCUUCCAGAACUGGACCCACACCGUCUACGUGGACUCCAUCAGAGUCCAGCCGACAGCUCAGACUGGAGGAAACCCAGCGAGUUACAGCUGCCAGGCGCUGCUGUAUUAUGACUACAUCAGUAAUCAGAGUCUGGGUGAAGCUGAUGUGUCGGCCCGGCUGUCCAGCAGUGAAGGACUGAUGAGCUCCGGCCUGCAGAUCCAACCAGCCUCCACUGAAGUCAGACUGAUCGAGAACUGUCCUGAGGAGAACCCGCUGCACUACCACUGGCCCGAGAGCCGACCCAAAGUCACUCAGUACCUGCCCUGCUUCCCCAACAAGGAGCAGAGCACCUCCAGAACCUGUGAGAUCAACACACUGAACUUCUCGUCCUAUUGGUCGCCGGCAGACCUCAGUAACUGCACGGACAUCGACACCAUCGAGGUGUCUGCAGAAAAUGCAGCUGAGGUGGCCGGGAAGCUCGUCGCCAUCACCAACAGCGAGCUGUCCAAUGAGGAGGUGUCUAAAGUGGUGACGAAGGUGAAGCAGCUGGUGAACGUGGCGAAGAUCAACACCACGUUAGCCUCCACCGUCGUCACCAUCAUCUCCAACGUCAUGAACAACAAGACGGCGCUGCCUGCCACCUCAGAGAUAGCUCUGAAGACAGUCGAUGAGUUGGUUCAGAAGAUCGAGUUCGAGGGUCCGUCCGUCAGCAUCACCUCCAAACACCUGGCUUUAGGGAUAUCUGCCCUCAACACCACCAUGUUCAAUGGGACGUCCUUCAGCGCCUUCAUCGCUCCAAACUCCACCAGGCCACAGAUUGAUUUUGGAUCGGAUCAGGUGAACCCUCAAGCUCAGGUAACCCUCCCCGCCUCUCUGCUGUCCAACGUCCCUCUGAGUGAAGCCGACAGAUCGACUCUGUCCAGGAUCAACUUCAUAUUCUUCAACAACACCAACCUGUUUCAGAAGGAGCAGGGCGGUCGCUCUCUGAACAGCUACGUGGUGGCCAGCAGCGUCGGGAACUUCUCCAUCCGUAACCUGGAGGAGCCGGUGGAGAUCGAGAUCGCUCACCUGUCUGAACAGCCCUCCCUGAAUCCUCGCUGCAUGUUCUGGGACUUCGACAUGAACGGUGGUGAUGGAGGCUGGAACGAGGAAGGCUGCAACGUGUCUGCAAAGUCCAGCAGCAACAUGACCGUCUGUCUCUGUAACCACCUGACGCACUUCGGCAUCCUCAUGGACAUUUCCGGAGCUUCACCCCACAUCGACCCCAGAAACAACAAGAUCCUGACCUUCAUCACCUACAUCGGCUGCGGCAUCUCCGCCAUCUUCUCUGCGGCCACGCUGCUCACAUACAUCGCCUUCGAAAAACUCCGGCGUGACUACCCCUCCAAGAUCCUGAUGAACCUCAGCACGUCUCUGCUGUUCCUCAACAUGGUCUUCCUGUUGGACGGCUGGCUCGCCAGUCUGGAGACCGACUGGCUGUGCCUGUCCGUGGCCGUCUUUCUGCACUACUUCCUGUUGACCUCCUUCACCUGGAUGGGGCUGGAGUCCAUCCACAUGUACAUCGCUCUGGUCAAAGUCUUCAACACCUACAUACGAAGAUACAUCCUCAAGUUCUGCAUCGUUGGAUGGGGUGUCCCUGCUGUGUUGGUCGGGAUCGUUGUCGCUGUGGAUAAAAACUCUUACGGCCUUCAGAAGUACGGCAGAGGAGAGACGGGAGAGGGAUCCUCAGAGUUCUGCUGGAUCCAGAAUUCAGUUGUCUUCUACGUCACCUGCGUCGGUUACUUCUGCGUGGUGUUCCUGCUGAACGUCGCCAUGUUCAUCGUGGUGAUGCUGCAGAUCUGCGGACGCAACGGCAAACGCAGCAACCGCACGCUGCGAGAGGAGGUUCUACGAAACCUGCGCAGCGUCAUCAGCCUCACCUUCCUGCUGGGGAUGACGUGGGGCUUCGCUCUGUUCGCCUGGGGGCCCGUCAACCUCGCCUUCAUGUACCUCUUCUCCAUCUUCAACUCGCUGCAAGGUCUGUUCAUAUUUAUCUUCCACUGCGCCUUGAAAGAAAACGUCCAGAAGCAGUGGAGGAGAUACCUCUGCUGCGGACGAUUCAGGCUGUCAGACAACUCAGACUGGAGUAAGACGGCCACCAACAACACCAAGAAGGUGAGCUCGGACAACCUGGGCAAGUCUCUGUCCUCCAGCUCGUUCGGCUCCAGCACCGCCAACUGGACCUCCAAAGCCAAAGCUACACUGAACCCGUUCACCAAGAGACACAGCAACACAGAUAAAUGUUACUCCAACCAAACCAGCCCCAGGAGCAUUUCCUCGUCCCCUUCCUCCUCAGAAGUGCAGCCCAACUCCUCUCCCUCCUCGUCCUCCAUCCUCCCUGUCAGCCAGAUGAUCGACAAGGUGAAGGAUUACUGUUCUACACGCUCUGACAACUUCUACAAGAACAUCAUCAUGUCUGACAGCUUUGCCCACAGCACCAGGUUCUAGAGCUUCACUCAGUGUUCUGGGGCCAACCCUCGGUAGCUUCCCUCCAGGGUUUGGAACAGCCUCUAUAUAACUCUAGGAAUGUUGUGACACCAUCCUGCCGGCAGCUUCAGUGACGGAGGAGAAUAGGGCAGCGAUGGGACCCGACUCGUUUGGGAACUGCCCACAAAACUAUUUAAGGCUUCUGUUUUGUUAUUCUGGAACUGCCACCCAACAUUCCAGAAUUUUUCCUGUUCUGGAACUACCCGUAACAUUCUGGAAGUCCAAAGUCUGAUAUUCUACAUGUUUUGGAACUCUUCCCAACACUUCCUGUCAGUUUUCAAAUCUGCUCUGGAACUUCUGGAACUGCUCCAACUGUUCUAGAACUCUCCUGAGCUUCUGCCACAACGGAGGGUUCUAGAAUUCCCCGUCUUACGUUUUUUGAACUCUCUACGCUUCUGGAACUUCCUCAACACCACCAACCUUUGUGGUGUGACAUGUGCGUGGAACUUGUUCUGGAAUGUCCGUUUUUGUUUUGUUUUGUUUUGUUUUGUUUUUAACCACUGUCUGCCUCCUGUCAUUUAGAUGCCUGGAUCCGUUCCGCCGUCCCUCCUCAGCCCUGGAGCUUCGAAUCAGACUCCCUUGUUUAAUUUUAAUGUGUUUAAUUGUUAUUCCAUCAUUUUCAUUGUUGGCAGUCACAGCUGUUGUAGGAGCCCCAACUGAUUCACAAACACUCAAGAUUUCUUAUAUAUCUAGUCAUCAGAAUUCAUGAAGAGCAGGUUGGUUUGUGUGAUAAGAUACUAAUCAGUAGUUUUACUUAAUACAAAUGCAGCUACACUGAUCACCUAGAACUUGUAACAGGUGAAGUCAGUAACAUGGAUCAUCUUGUUUUAAUGCAAUGUUCUGCUGGGAAACCGUUGGUCCUAGAAUUCCUGUGGUGUCACUUGACACACACCUCACUGUUACAGACUGAGUCCACACCCUCAGGGCUGUUUCACUCCCUGAUGGCAGGAUGACUGUAAUGGCCCGAGGAACAUGACAGUGAGGUUGAGGCAUCAACAUGGCCUCCAAAUUUCCCAAGAUUCAAAUCUGAUCAGGUAUUAAAAGGGAUGUGCCAGAACAUCUCUGCCAUGAGGGUGUUGGUGGCAGAUCCGGCGAUAUUGAUAUUGUACCUAAUGCUGCACAUCACUGACGCUCAGUCAGAUUGGGAUCUGGUAUAUUUGGAGGCCAGGUCAACCCCUUCUUCACAGUCCUCGGGGCACCACUGCCAUCUGUGAAUACAGUUUCCAUGAGUGGAUGUACUUGGUCUUUAACUGUGUUUGGGUUGGUGGUGCAUGUCAAGUGCCAUUCACAUGAGUGCCUGGACUGAAGAGCACAGCAUUGUAACAAGGCAAUCAAUGUUCUUUACUUCACCUGGUAGUCCUUUCUAGGACCUUCAGGACUAACCUUUGAGUCCUGUGUGGCUGAUCAGUUAAUGAUUGAAACCAGAGCCAGCAUCUUAAUGCACUGUCUUCACUUUGUAUAAAAGUUCCUGUUCAUCAAGGAGAAAACUGCCUUUUCAAGCAAAAUGUUCAAAACGAAGCCUGUGAACUCCCUGCAACAAACUGUUUAAAACCCACAGACCACGUUAAGAUAAUCAUGGACAAAGUCGCACAUUAUGGUAUUCGAAUCCAGGAUUUCCUGGAUAUUUGGGGGCAUCUGACAGCUGCAGGGUGGUCAGAGAGCGUUGACGCGAUUCUACUGUAUCAUAUCAAAUAACAGAAUUGGCUGAAGUGGCUGCCAGACUGUGGAACUGAGAGGAAAUGAAAGGGAGCAGAGAGGGGAGGAAAGAAUAAACACAAGGUGAGAAGAAGAGAAAAAGUUCUGUUAGAAAAAAAAGUAAGCUGUUAUGUCUUGGUGUUUUGUUAAUACUGUGAUGUUUGUUUAAACUGGCUGUGUGCAUGUGUGUGUGGAGCCAUAUCCUCUGUAAAUAUUGAUGAUCUAUCUAUUCUAUGUGCCUUAUUCUAUAGUGUUAUAAUGUGUCCACAUGCUUUUGUUCAUUCCUUCAUGAGGUCCUGGAAGGGUUACCAGGACUGUAUAUACAAACCCAAACAUACUUCAACUGCCCAUGCAGUGCAGUCCCACAGUCUGCUGUCCUUUUCAUCUCGGUGAGGAACAAGUCACAGUUAAAGGAAAGGCAGACGUCUUAGGAUGGAUGAAACAGAACAGGAGAAUAAUUAGUCUUCUACCUGAAAGCUGCUGACCUGUCAGUCAAGGUGCUCAAACACUGUCAAUGGUCAUAGGUUCUAAGGAUAAAAAAGAAAAAAAACGAGCACUGAAGCUCAGUUCCCUGUGCUCGUCAUGCAGGGUGUAAUCCACAGCAACAUUAAUACUGUUCAAGACAGGAAUCUGAUUUGUGUUCAUCUGUAUUUUUAAUUUGUUCUCAUGACGGUAUACAGAAGUCCUAGCAUGAAGGUGCAGCUCUUAGGAGACAUUAUCACCGCAACAAUCAGUUCAGCCAAAUUCCAAAAGGAAGCAUUUUGUCAAGUCAUGCACAUAGUUUGGGCUUAUAAAUAAUGAGGUUCCUCUGUGGACUGGUUAAUGCAGCCGUCUAUCAUCAUAUCAGCUCUCCAAUAAACUUUAAUUAAUGUACAAAAAAAAUUCCCCUCUUGGUUCCAGUAGAACAUUCAGUCAUCAGCAAAGAGGUUUGGAACAUAUUAUCGCCCCUGAAAGGCUGCAGCUCUGUUCAGUUGAUCCCAUUAAGAUGUUUAUUUGCCAUAACUGAAACUGACUUGAUGUGAUGCUGUGGUCUUUAAGGUUCUGUUUAGGCUUCAUUUGGAUGGAAAAGUUCUGGUUCAUAGAAAUCACCUGACUGUUGGUUGCACUGCCUCAUUAAAAACUUUUAAUUAAG